AUUAUACUCGAUCCCGUACAGACUAGACCAUUGCACACCCUAGUUCUACAAUAAACCAAGACUCCCUCCCCUCGGAUGAAAUAAGUCUGGGCCUUGUAUACUCGAUAGCAGAAACGGGUGGUCCUCGGACAACCAGAAACCCAAAGCCAAGAAGAAUUGGCGCGGUUUUUGGGCCCAAGUAAAGAGAAAACAAUAAAAGCCCACGAACAGACUAAAGGUCAAAGUCUUUUCCUCUUUACCAUUCCCAGUUUCCUACUCUCCCCACCAAUCCACACUUUACUUCUCUCGCCGGCCAAAGCAAAAAUGGCGAAGUCCCCAAACCUCUCCCGUUUCCUCUCCUUCUUCCUCCUCCUCACAAUCGCCGCCGCCGAUGACUCCGACCUAGUCGCCGACCUUCUUUCCCUUCGAUCCCAAUCCAAAUCCGGCGUAAUCCACCUCGACGACCACACCAUCUCCCGCUUCCUCACCUCCACAAAACCCCCUCGCCCCUACUCCCUCCUCGUCUUCUUCGACGCCAAGCAGCUCCACGACAAGUCCGAGCUCCGCCUCCAAGAUCUCCACCGCGAGUUCUCCCUCCUCUCCUCUUCCUUCAUCACCAACAACCCCGACAACGACAAGCUCUUCCUCUGCGACAUCGAGUUCAAAGAAUCGCAAUCCACAUUCUCCCUCUUCGGCGUCAACUCCCUCCCCCACAUCCGCCUGAUCGGCCCCGAUGUCAAGAACCCCAAGGAAUCGGAGCAGAUGGACCAGGGGGAUUUCUCGAGGCUUGCGGAAUCGAUGGCGGAAUUCGUCGAAUCGAGGACCCAGAUCUCCGUCGGCCCGAUCCAUCGCCCGCCGUUCAUUUCGAAGACCCAGCUAGGGUUCCUGAUCGCGUUCUUCCUCUGCUGGACGCCGUACUUCGUGAAGAAGGUCAUCGCCGGGGAGACUGUGUUCCACGAUUCGAAGGUCUGGUUGGCUGGUUCGGUUUUCAUUUACUUCUUCAGCGUUUCUGGUGCGAUGCAUAACAUAAUUCGCAAGAUGCCUAUGUUCAUGGUUGAUCGGAAUGAUCCUAGCAAGCUGGUGUUCUUUUACCAAGGUUCUGGGAUGCAAUUGGGAGCUGAGGGGUUUGCUGUAGGGUUUCUGUAUACUGUUGUUGGGUUGUUGCUUGCUGGGAUGACUCAUGGGCUGGUGAAGGUGAAGAAUGUGACUGCUCAGAGGGUGAUUAUGAUUGCCGCCAUAUUGGUCUGCUUCUGGGCUGUGAACAAGGUUGUGUAUUUGGACAAUUGGAAGACUGGGUAUGGGAUUCAUACUUUCUGGCCUAGGAGCUGGAGUUGAUCAAGGUGAGGUGAUGUUAGUGACAGCCACAUUUCGUUACAAGCUCUGGCAUUUUCGAGAUGGUGGUUGGAAAAUGCGGAUAGUGGUGAGUGAUUUCUUGCUUUAAAGAAGAGACUGGUAGACAGUUUACCUUGAUGGUUUAGAAUGUACUACUGUUACUCUGCAUUGAGCAGAGUUCUAUGCUGUUUAUGACUGGCUAAUGCUUAGUAUCGAUGAAGGUUUUACAUGUGGAUGGAAUUUUGGAACAGUGAUUACCUAGCUUUUUGGCUGGUAAUGUUAGCACUCACUUUGAAGGUUUCAAAUGUACUAUUACUCCGCCCCAAAUUGAAUGGCUGCUCGCCAGGUUUUUUAGGGUUUUAUCUCUUUUGCCACUGACUAUGCUCAGUACUUGCCAAUAGUUUGCAUCGAUGUGGAAUUUUAGCUGUGUUGCUAAAAGCUUUGAUCUUUGGUACUGCCCUAAUGUUCUUGCUCUGAAAUAAUUAUGCAGUUACCGGUCUUUUGGUUGACUUGCAUUGUUACUAGAUUCACCUUCUAUUGUCUCCUUCGUGGUUGUGUGGACAUGGAAGUGUGUUCUUCAAUGCUGCGAUUGUCCAUGUAAUGUGAAUGGGAGAGUUGAUGAGUGCAUGUUAAUUCAGACAGGCCACAUAGACUACGCCGAUGGAAAUGGUAGUUAAGAGUUAGUACUUAGUUGUGUGAAGUUAUCAUAUAGCCCCAGAACUUAAGGUUAUCAGAUUACAGCCCUAGGGGAGAAUUUGGAAUCUAACUGACUUUAACAUUAGUUCUGCUUCUGCAGUUUAAAGUUUAUCUAUGCCUUCUUUUCUUGGCUACACCACUACGGAAACAUCUUUAUGCCUUGGGGUAAUACCACCACGAAAACGUCGUUCGACUCUUGUUUUGGUUUGCUGUUUGAAGCAAGUAAGCAUUUUGUGGUGGUAUUCUCAUGAACUGAAUGCAUGCUUAUAUACCUGUUUUCUGGGUUGGGGAUAGAGUAAUGACAAUUUCGAUUUGACUUGUUCAAAAUCCAUUUAUGUUGAGCAGUUGUUUCCUGAUAUGUGAGGCGGGAAUCAGGUCUGCUCUCUUUGUCAUCUCACUCUCUUCUGUUCAUUCAUUGCUCUCCACCCUAUCAAAAGCAAAGAAACUGGCCUGGAUCGAUUUCACAGUGAACGUGUGAUUUCAAUUCGAUUUUGUUCCUUGAUCUUUGCUGUUUUCAACCCGAUCUCAUGUCAGAUUUCGCUCGAAGCUAAAGGUGACUUAUCAUAUUAGUUGUUCCAAAUGGUUAAUGACCCAGAAUCUUGGUGGCCGUUUAUUUAAUAAAAUCAAACCAAGCAUACAAUAAUACACAAGCUUUGCGUAA